AGUCAGGGUCGCGCGACCCUCCACCUGGCCGGUCUGCGGGUGGGAUGCUGGGCUGUCGCCGCGAGUGAAUGGUGAUCGCGUAUACCUGCCAUCCAUAACUGACUUCCAUACUGAUCAUCAGCACUCUUUCUCAGCAAAUAUGGAAGACUGACUCUUCUGACAUUCUCAAACAUUCCAUGCUCUGACUUUAUGGAGACAAGAGUGGCUCCUUUUUCAGAGGUAUUUCUACUUCGCUAACAGCUGGAAUGAACCAAUUACCUGCAGCUACAGUUCGCCUCCUUUCAAGUUCUCAGAUAAUCACUUCAGUGGUUAGUGUUGUAAAAGAGCUCAUUGAGAACUCCUUGGAUGCUGGUGCUACAAGCAUAGAUGUUAAACUGGAGAACUAUGGAUUUGAUAAGGUCGAGGUGCGAGACAAUGGCGAAGGUAUCAAGGCUGUUGAUGCACCUGUAAUGGCGGUGAAGAACUACACCUCAAAAAUACACAGCCAUGAAGACCUGGGAAGUUUGACAACUUAUGGCUUUCGUGGAGAAGCCUUGGGAUCAAUUUGUUGUGUAGCUGAGGUUUUAAUUACAACAAGAACAGCUGCUGACAAUUUUAGCACCCAGUAUGUUUUAGAUAGCAGUGGCCACAUAAUUUCUCAAAAACCAUCACAUCUUGGUCAAGGUACAACGGUAGCAGCAUUAAAAUUAUUUAAGAACCUACCUGUAAGAAAGCAAUUUUACUCGACUGCUAAAAAAUGUAAAGAUGAAAUUAAAAAAGUCCAUGAUCUUCUCAUCAGCUAUGGUAUUCUUAAACCUGACUUAAGGAUUAUUUUUAUACAUAAUAAGGCUGUUAUUUGGCAGAAAACCAGAGCAUCAGAUCACAAGAUGGCUCUUAUGUCAGUUCUGGGGACUUCCGUUAUGGGCAAUAUGGAGUCUCUGCAGCACCGCUUUGAAGAGUCUCAGAUUUAUCUGAGUGGAUUUUUUCCAAAGUGUGAUGCAGACCACUCUCUCACAAGCCUUUCAACUUCAGAAAGGAGUUUCAUCUUUAUAAACAAUCGACCAGUACAUCAAAAAGACAUAUUAAAGUUAAUCCGGCAUUAUUACAGUCUGAAGUGCCUAAAGGAAUCUACUCGUUUGUAUCCCAUUUUCUUUCUAAAAAUUGAUGUGCCUUCAGUUGAUGUGGAUGUCAAUUUAACACCAGAUAAAAGUCAAGUAUUACUACAGAAUAAGGGAUCUGUUUUGAUUGCUGUUGAAAAUCUGAUGACGGCUUGUUAUGGACCACUACCUAGUACAAAUUCUUGUGAAAAUAAUAAAACAGAUGUUUCCUCAGCUGGUGUGAUUGUUUCCAGAACAGCACAAACAGAUGCGCCUUUUAAUAAAACGGAAUCAUCUGGAAGUAAUUAUCCAAAUGUUGAUACUUCAGCCAUUCCUUUCCAAAACAAUGUACAGAAUGCAUCUGAAAAAACCCCUGCUAAUUGUUUAAAUCAUCAGUUAUGUGUUGAUUAUCAUUGUGAUGGCCAUUUUAGCCCUGAAAAUUCUAACACCGAGAAGGACACUAGUAAUAUGUUUCAAAAGAUCCCAAUAAAUUGUAUACCAAGUGAAGGUACCCAAAAUGAAUAUCAAGAAGCUUGUUUUGUAGAUUCUGUUAAGCACAUCCAAUUGGAAAAUGGCAAGCAAGGCUAUAUAGAGGGUGAGACAUAUGAGAGCGCAGCCCCUGAGACAUCUUUGGAAAUUUGUGCAGAUGACUGGAGCAAAGGCCAUGUACUUAAAAAUUCAAUGGGAAAGAACAUUGAACCUGUGAAAAUUUUAGUUCCACAAGAAAGUUUAGCAUGUACCACUAACACUGACCCUGAACCAAAGGAUCUCUGUGAGCGGCCCUGUAACAAAACUUCAAAUGUGGUCGAUAACAAAUCUGGACAACUAACAGCGUAUGAUUUAAUCAGCAAUCGAGUAAUCAAAAAACCAAUGUCAGCAAGUGCCCUUUUUGCUCAAGAUCAUCGCGCUCAGUUUCUCACAGAAAACUCUCCGGCCAGUUUAAAGGCUACACCACAAAUUGAAGAACUGUGGGAGACAUUGAGGAAAGAGGAAAAACUGAAAUAUGAAGAGAAGGCCACGAAAGAGGUGGAGCGAUACAAUAGGCAAAUGAAGAAAGCCACUGAACAGGAGUCACAAGUAUCUUUAAAAGAUGGCAGGAAAAAGGUGAAACCAACCAGUGCAUGGAAUUUGGCCCAGAAACACAAGUUGAAAACUUCAUUAUCUAAUCAGCCAAAACUUGAUGACCUCUUUCAGUCCCAAAUUGUUAAAAAAAAGACCCCAAAUAUUAAAAUAACACAGAUCCCCUUUUCUAUGAAAAACUUAAAGAUAAAUCUCAAGAAACAUAAAUUUGACUUAGAAAAUACGGAUGAACUUUGCUUGAUCCACAAUCUUAAGCUUCCUGAUGCCUGGGUAAUUGCAUCUAAAAAAGAAGUAAUGUUAUUAAAUCCAUAUAGGAUGGAAGAAGCCCUGCUGUUUAAAAGACUUCUUGAGAAUCAUAAACUUGCUGCUGAGCCACUGGAAAAGCCAAUUGUACUAACAGAAAGUCUUCUUAAUGGAUCUCAUUAUUUAGAGGUUUUAUGUAAAAUGACCACAUAUAACCAAGGAUACAGUGCCUCAACUUACCUGUCUGAUCCUCGUCUAACAGCAAAUGGAUUCAAGAUUAAAAUGAUACCAGGAGUUUCCAUUGCUGAAAACUACUUAGAAAUAGAAGGAAUGGCUAACUGUCUCCCAUUCUAUGGAGUAAUGGAUUUAAAAGAAAUUCUUAAUGCUAUAUUAAACAAAAAUGCAAAGGAAGUUUAUGAAUGUAGGCCUCGAAAAGUGAUAAGUUAUUUGGAGGGAGAAGCAGUGCGGCUUUGUAGACAGCUACCUAUGUACUUUUCAAAAGAGGACGUCCUCGACGUUGUCCAGAGAAUAAAGGACCAGUUUGGAAACGACGAUAAAGGCUGUGUUCAUGGUCGCCCAUUUUUUCACCAUUUAACCCAUCUUCCAGGAACUCUUGAUUAACUGUGUUUAAAGAAAUGACUUGAAAUUGGUUCAAUCAAAAGAUACUUUGAGUCCAUUUUAAACCAUCUUUGUAUUACCAUGUGUUAGACACUUUAUAAAGAGGAAUGCACUGGCUUAUAUAAUGAAAAUACCUUGUUUUCAGAAAUCGUUGAAAAUUUAAAUACACAAAAUAAACUAUUGAUUUUCAA